AAAUAUUACGUCAUGAAAAAAAAAUGGCGGAUUAGUGUGUGUGUGCAUGGGGUCCGCUACUUGCCAUCCGUAGUCGAUAAAUGAAAGCUUAUUUCUCCCAGCAAACGACAUAUUUUCGAACAGGUCAAAAUGUUUCGCCGGUCAAGAUUUAGUAUUCGGCCUAAUGUUGUUACGGCAGGGAGAACAGCAGCAGCACCUCAGGAAGCCCCUUCAGCAAAUCAGGAGGCCAAUGAGACCCCCAAGGAUGUCAGUGAGAGCAGCACUACUACUGCUGUGACAGAUAACAAGUCUGUUGUGACCCCAUCAGAAAAACCUGCAGCCCCAGGGGAUGGUAAUGACCAAAAUGGGGAAGGUACCAGCUCUUCAGCAGCAGUCCAGAGAAGGAAGCGGUUUUCCAUCAAGCCUAAAGUGGCCCCAGGCCGCCCCUCCACCCUUGCUCGGACGCCAAAAUCCCCCGUCAAGGCAGUCUCUGAAACUCCUAUUGAAAUCCCUGUCUCAGACCUUGACAAGCCAACUAAGUCCACCCAAUCUGGGACUAUAGCAUCCCCUCAGAGACUCCAGUCCCCAAGGCGACGGAGGGCUUCAGAAGAGAGCAAGCAACCCAAAACGCAACCUAAACCCAUCAUCAUCCCUUCUGACAGUUCAGAACCUUCAGCUGUUCCUACAGCUAAGGACUUUCUGGAACAAAUCCCUCUGCCGACAGACAGUGGCAAAGAAUUGGAAAGCACUUCAGGCAGUCCAGUUGAAGAAGUUCCUUCAAGAUUACCAGAUAAAGUCCCCCCCUCUCUCCCAGACAAAGAAGCUAUUGAGAUAUCAGAGAAAGCCAAGAAUCUAGUGUCAUCUAAGACUGGACUUUCACUGUCACAACCUGCGUUCUCCUUGAGUAGACUACUGAAUGACCCAUCAGACUUACAGAGGAUAGCAAAGGCCCAAAAACUCAGAGAGUUGCUCAAACAGGAGAUGCACAAAGAAAAGAAAAUCAAGAGAGCUAAGGCACGUGUAAAGGAAUAUACCCUAGAUCCUGCCAAAAUGACCAUGAGAGACCUUAUCCGUUAUCUACCACUGUCUAACCCCAUGACAUCUAGUUUAGAAGACGCAACUCGAGAGAAUGAGACGGUGGUCCCACCUUCUCCAGUAAGAGAAGAUUCCCCAGAGAGAGCACAGGAACCUGUGGUCCUCCCUAAAAUAGCAAGCCCGAGGGAGGAGGCAGAGGAAGAGGCAGAUGCAGAUGCAGACGAAGAGCAGGAUGGCGCCGUAAUGGUUCCUCAGGUCAAAGUAGCAGAGGAUGGCUCACUGAUCAUUGAUGAAGAAAGCUUGACAGUGGAAGUCCAGCGAGCCAAAGGGCCAAACCCAGCACAGGAUCGAGACCCCAUCUUUGAGCGUGGCUCCACUACUACUUACUCGAGCUUCAGGAAAGGGACCUAUUCAAAACCCUGGUCCAGUGAAGAGACAGACAUGUUCUUAUUGGCAAUUAGCAUGGUGGGGACAGACUUUUCCAUGAUUUGUCAACUGUUUCCUCACAGAGCUCGUUCAGAGAUAAAGAACAAAUUUAAAAAAGAAGAGCGAGAGAAUGCCUGGAGGAUUGACAAAGCUUUCAGAGAGAGGCGCAAACUAGACAUAGAGUAUUUUUCUAAGCUGCUAGAGAAGAUUCUGGAAGUUCAAAAAACCCGGAAGAAGCUAAAGUCACUCACUGAGAAGAAAUCUCCCAAGAAGAAAGAAAAUAAAAAGACAGAGGGCAAAAAAGCUUCAAGGAAGCUGAGUGUCGUGGAGGAAGGAGAUGAGGAAGAGCAGAAUGAAAUUCCUGACUUGGAGGAGGAGGGAGAGAAAGAGAACGAGGACCUCUGUAAUGAGGGAGGAACCACUGUUGCUAAACCUCAGAAGAAACGUAAAAGAAAGAAUAAACAGGAUGCUUCGACUAAGGAACCAAAUGACAAGAAAAACAAAACUGGUGAAAAUGAACAAGAUGAGGCCUACAUACCCGGAGACACUGAGGCAGCACUUCCAGAGGACUGUCCAAAAUCAGACGUGUCUGAAAAGACUGACAAUUUGAAUGAGUCCAAGGACAACACUAUCAAGCCAGCUAAACUCUCCCGAGGCAGAGCACCAAAACCACUACUACCUUUGGGCCGGAAGUGGGGUAAAAAGCCUCCACCACCCUCCACAAAGACCAAUGAUACGGCAUCAGAUAAAGAGGAUGAGAGUGAGCUUGAUGGGGCCUCUAAAGAGCAGGUAAAUAAAGAUCCAUCACCCUUAAAGCAAGCCACUAAGAGGAAGUCAGCCAAUGAUGACAUUUCCUCUGGUGAAGAGGAUGUCACCGUUCAACCUCCGAGACCUACCAGGUAUGGGAGAGUGCCUAAACCCACCAAGCCCUUGAAUUACCCUGGGAAAGAGGCUACACACUCGUCUGAAACCACUCCUGCCUCACCAGCUGGGUCCACUGCUUCUGCUGCCAGGCCUAAACCUAAAUGCACAGCUAAGAGGGGAAGAUCACCAAAGCUACAAUCAGCCCAAGAGUCCAAAAAGCCUAAACUAGUCACCCUCAGGGCUUCUCAGUCAGAAUACAGUGAUGAGGAGGAUGACAAGCAGCGAGUAGAGGAAGAGGUGGAGGAGGAGCACCUUGCAUGUAGCUCCAGUAAUGACAGCACUGCCGCUGCGUUUGUGCCUGCCAGCCUGCGCUCCCCACAUCCUGUGAUUUCAGAAGUGGAAGAGACAAUGGAGGAGCUUGAUAUCUUGGCCAAUAUGCCUGAUGUGUUGGGCAUCUCCCAAGAUGUACUGUGCCCUGAUGCCUUUAGCGAGCGGGCACAACAUGAGAUAGGCACAGCUGAACCCUGUGAACAUCAGCUGGACCUGCUUGUUGAUGUUAUCGACUUUCUUUCUGUAGAAAACACAGAAGUAUCUGAGGACGAGAGCUACAACGAGGCUGCUCAAACCCUGUUGACCAUCGGCAACCUGGCUCACCUCUCUCAGUCAGCACAGAAUCAAAUAGCCACUCAAGAUGACAUAACAGGGACAACACCAGUCAGUGUGAAUGAAACCAGCCAACACCUGGAAGAAGAGAUUGCCUGCUGCUCAAAGCCUGCUGCACAGGAGGAACACAAUGCCACUCUUAUGUCUGCAACUUCUGUUCAUGGAGGCCCAGAAACUGUUACCACUGUGGAGCUACAAAACCGCACAACAGACACUGAUGCCAUCCCUGUUAUUAAAUCCAGUAAUCAGAGGACAGGUUCUGAUACGGACCCUACCCCUCAAUUGCACUUAAGUCAAGAGAGCUCAAAGACAAAUUCUCCACAAACCAGAAGAGGACGCUUAGCCAAGGUAAAACCAAAACCUAACCUAGGCCAGUCCUCAAGGACUGCUCAGUCAAAAUCCCAAACAGAGACUUCAACAGAAAGGACACCUGAAGAGAGCCACACAGUCGCUCCUGACCUUUUUCAAGCCACCGAGACACUAUCAGCUGCAGCGGAAAUCCCUAAAAUAGCAGACUGUAGUAAAAAAAAUGUAAAUGUUGAAAUUUCUCAUAUUGAAGUCAAACAUACAGAAAAGCCAUUUGGCAGUCAGAAGAGGUCUGUUGGUCAUGUAAAAUCUGGUGCAGCAAAAUCAGAUCAAAGUGCCUCAGAAAACCAUAGUCACUACUUUUCUGAAUCCCAGUUUGAACCCAGUUUGGAACAGACCACCAGAGAAUCCAGGUCAACAUCUGCAUCUACAGAUGAAGUACUGAUUUCUCAUGUCGGGACAACUGAGAGUAGCUGUAAUAAUCCGCUGACAUCCGACUCAACAGUCACAGAAUCACAGAUUGGACAAUGGUCAAACAUAGACUCUGCCCCAGUCAAAGAGAGCAGCGACCAUUCUGCACCGGUAGAAGAGUUACCUGUCAGUCAGAAAGAAGAGAGUGAAGUACCAUCGACUAGCCAGACAAGGAAAAGUCGAUUCCAGAAAGUCAAACCCAAACUCAACCUAGCGCAGACAUCAAGGGCCGUACGUUCUAAACCUCAAACCACAAAAGACACUGUAAAGAAAGAUUCCAACCCAACUCCAAACCUCAAAUUCACUGAAAAAACAGUAGCACAGGUUGAAGCAGAGCCAACUUACAUCACCUCUUCAGAAAACCCAAGUCUAAGUCCCUGUCCUGUUAUACCGUCGUUGGAUUUAGGGACUACUUUUACACCCACAGAGGAACUGUCUACAACUGAGGAGAAAAUGACCGAUGUUGGAGUUGUUUGUCAGGUAGAAUCAGAUACAGCAACAUCAGAUCAAAGUGCCUCAGAAAACAAGAACCUCUCUGAAGCUCAGUUUGAACCGAGGAGGGAACAGGCCACCAGAGACACAAUGCAAACAUCUGAGUCUACAGAUGAAGUACUGAUGUCUCAUGUUGGGACAACUGAAAGUAGUUGUAAUAAUCCGCUGACAUCCGACUCAGCAGUCACAGAAUCACAGAUUGGACAAGAGUCAAACAGAGACUCUGCCCCAGUCCAAGAGAGCAUUGACUAUCCUGCGUCAUAUGUUAAACCUGUAGAAGAGUUACCUGUUAGUCAGAAAGAAGAUAGAGAAGUCGCAUCUACUAGCCAGACCAAAAAGAGUCGAUUCCAGAGAGUAAAACCCAAUCUCAACCUAGCACAGACUUCAAGGGCCGUACGUUCUAAACUUCAAACAACAAAAGGCAUCGCCGAGAAAGACUCCAACCCAACUCCAAAAACAAUAGCAAAGUAUGAAGCAGAGCCAACUUGCAUCACCUCUCCUGAAAAACCCUGUACUGCUUCAGAUUUGAUACCAUUGUUGGAUUUAAGGACUCUUCCGCUGACAUUCGACUCAGCAGUCACAGAAUCACAAGUUGGACAAGGGUCAAACAUAGUCUCUGCCCCUGUCCAAGAGAGCAGCGACCAUCCUGCUCCAUGUGUUAAACCUGUAGAAGAGUUACCUGUCAGCCAGAAAGAAAAGAGUAAAGUCGUAUCUACUUGCCAGACUACAAGAGGCCCAUUACAAAAAGUCAAACCCAUCUUACCACAGACAUCAAGAACUGUGCAGUCUAAGGCUCAAACCACAACAGACCCUUUCACUCCCUUGCAACUUCCAGAGAUACGCUCGAGCCCUACUUUAACGUCUGAAUCCACUGACAACACAAAUACAGAGGUAGAAGCACAACCAACUUGCAGUACCACCUGUCCUGAAAAACCAAGCCAGCUUAAAAGUACUGGCUCUCUCUUAGUGUCAGUACCAUCAUUGGAAUUAUGUUCUACUCAUAAAAGCACAGAGGAAUUAUGUUCAACUGAGGAGCAAAAGAUAGAUAUUGGAUGCAGACUAGACUCAAAGUCAGAGGGCUCAGAACAAAAUGUUUCUCAAAGAAGGCAACGCUUUCCAAAGGUCAAACACAAACCCAAUUUAGGAUCCUCUCCUCGAACUACAUUCACAAAACUGCUGUUAAAAGAUGUCAGUAAACCCUCAGAACAGUGCCAUAUGGACACUUCUUUAACCUUUGAACAACAGCCUGAGGACAAUAACAAUGCACGAACAGAACUGGAACUCGCAGAGACAGACAGCAAGACAUCAACACAUUGUUCAUUACAUACAGAACCUCUCAGCUCAACCAUGUUAGAAGGGCCUGCCGAGUCAGAGAAGUCACUAGACAGCACAAAUUAUAAGGGUACGUCCUCUGAUAACGUCGUCAUAGCAACAUCUUGGGUUGCUGAGAAUCAGUCCGUGUUGACAGACUCAGUUCUGACUCAGAGUAGUGAAAAAGCCACAGUUGAAGGGGAAUCCGCAGAGGACAAAACGUCAAAUAAUGAUGUGGUAGCUGGACCUGCUUCACAAUGGGACUGCAAACAGGGCAUGUCCAUUAGAGCUACAAAUACCCAACCAACCGAUGAUCCAACUGCUGUUUCAGAUGUCCAUACUUCAGAAGAUGGUUCAACAGAGUCAAAAAUUGAAUUUAAACCCCCAACUAACAAACAGUCUACAUCGGAUCCAAAAAUAAGCACUCAGCAGCCACGGUCAGAGAAUGACUCUGAGGCACAAAGUCAAGAUGCAGUCCAACAUUGUUCUGAAACCACUGAAACUAAUCAAACAGCUGCCCGAAGGACUGACGAUAAUCAGUCAACGCCAACUGACUCUCCCUCAAGAAAAGCUCCCCAGACUUGUAGAGGCCGGCUUAUUAAACCAAAACCCAACCUGGGACGCAGCAGCCAACCUCCACAACCUCAACAAAUCCAGAAAACAAAACAAGCAGAAGCAGAUUUUGGUACUUGCUCAGAGGGCGUGGAUGCUUCGGUUUGCCAGAAACUUGUGUCUGAACGGCGACCUGACAUCCAGGAACCAGUAGAGGGAGCUAUUGAACAAUGUAGUAACCAAAAUCCCUCUCUAAGUGAUGCUGGGUCUUCGCUGGGCUGCUUGACACAAGUUAUUGAACAACUGAGUCAACAUGACCCCCCUCCAAAUGUUGCUGGAUCCUCUCUGGGUUGUGUGACACUACUAGAAAAUGUUACUCAGGAUGCAUCGACAUCAAGUACAAGAGGGACUAAAGGUCAUCCAAAUGUCAAUACAAUAAUUCCAGACAUGCUGUUGCAGCAGGAGCCUUUAGAUGCAGAUGAACCGUUCUUCAUCCUCUCUCUGACUGAGAUCCCAGUCUGCUCAUUAGGGGAGGUUGUGGACAGUGUGCCUGAGCCCCUCCCUUAUCUUCCUGUAACAGAUGCGUCAAUAGAGCAACAGAGUGUUUCUGGAGAGAGUUUGGCAGCAGCUGGCGACAGGCUCCUGUCUAAUGUUGCUGUGCCUGUGUUCAUGGAGGAGAGUGGUGACACAGGCCUCAUCAAUGCAAUAGAUAUUGGGCCUGACCCAGCGGCAAAUAUAGAUUCGAUCAUGGAGAAUCCAGUGGAUCCACAUGUCCAUGCAUCGGAAUUACCAGAGACUGUAGAGAAUAAUGAUGAGACUGAAAUUCCCCCUGCAAAGCAGAGACUAAUGGACACUCAUAGAAGAGAAGCAGCCAAACUGCAGGUUAAGCCCAAUACUACCAAGAGGAAACAAGCCAGCAAGACCCUCGCUGCCAAGGAAGAAGAGUCGAUCCCCAUUGAAAAAAAAAAAACUCAGCACUCAGAGCUUCCUGGGCCUUCUGUGCAGCCAACAGUCUUUGAUGACGAUGUCACUGAGCCACAGAAAGGAAGUGAUGAUCAUGUGGAUGUUGAAAAGGAGACUCUGACAGGUGGUGAGGACCCUGAGGAUAGCAGCUCAGGAGCACAAACUACAAGGACUAGGCAGGCUAGUAAUUGGAAUAGAAAAACCAAAGGCUCCCUUUCCCUACCUUCUGAGAUGAACAUUGCUGCCCCUGCAAGCGAUUCUCCACCUGGCAAAGAGGCUCCCAAGGGCCGUAAGGUCAAAACUCCACGCGCAGCAGGAAAACCAUCUACCCCAGCACCUGGUGCCUCAACAUCCUAUGAUGGCCCCCCAACAGCCAGUCUGACACAGCCGACCCAGGAAACCCGCUCAACAUCUUCUACCACAUCACCAACACAAACAGAGGUGGACCCCGAACAGACUUCUGAGCACAGCCCACUAUGCUCAGACACAACUCCUAGCACUUCUCUGUGUCCAGCUGAGGUCUCAGCUUCUCAGCAAAGUGUGGAGAGCAGUUCUAUAGAGGAGGAGCCCACCACUGUGUCUCAGUACUUCUUAAGUGACAUUUUUACAGAAGUGACUGCAGAGAAGAAUGAUGAGACUGAAAUUCCCCCUGCAGAGCAGACACUAAUGGACACUCAUAGAAGAGAAGCAGCCAAACUGCAGGUUAAGCCCAAUACUACCAAGAGGAAACAAGCCAGCAAGACCCUCGCUGCCAAGGAAGAAGAGUCGAUCCCCAUUGAAAAAAAAACCCCUCAGCACUCAGAGCUUCCUGGGCCUUCUGUGCAGCCAACAGUCUUUGAUGACGAUGUCACUGAGCCACAGAAAGGAAGUGAUGAUCAUGUGGACGUUGAAAAGGAGACUCUGACAGGUGGUGAGGACCCUGAGGAUAGCAGCUCAGGAGCACAAACUACAAGGACUAGGCAGGCUAGUAGUCGGAAUAGAAAAGCCAAAGGCUCCCUUUCCCUACCUUCUGAGACGAACAAUGCUGCCCCUGCAAGCGAUUCUCCACCUGGGAGAGAGGCUCCCAAGGGCCGUAAGGUCAAAACUCCACGCGCAGCAGGAAAACCAUCUACCCCAGCACCUGGUGCCUCAACAUCCUAUGAUGGCCCCCCCACAGCCAGUCUGACACAGCCGACCCAGGAAACCCGCUCAACAUCUUCUACCACAUCACCAACACAAACAGAGGUGGACCCCGAACAGACUUCUGAGUACAACCCACUAUGCUCAAACACAACUCCUAGCACUUCUCUGUGUCCAGCUGAGGUCUCAGCUUCUCAGCAAAGUGUGGAGAGCAGUUCUAUAGAGGAGGAGCCCACCACUGUGUCUCAGUACUUCUUAAGUGACAUUUUUACAGAAGUGACUGCAGAGAAGAAUGAUGAGACUGAAAUUCCCCCUGCAGAGCAGACACUAAUGGACACUCAUAGAAGAGAAGCAGCCAAACUGCAGGUUAAGCCCAAUACUACCAAGAGGAAACCAGCCAGCAAGACCCUCGCUGCCAAGGAAGAAGAGUCGAUCCCCAUUGAAAAAAAAAAAACUCAGCACUCAGAGCUUCCUGGGCCUUCUGUGCAGCCAACAGUCUUUGAUGACGAUGUCACUGAGCCACAGAAAGGAAGUGAUGAUCAUGUGGACGUUGAAAAGGAGACUCUGACAGGUGGUGAGGACCCUGAGGAUAGCAGCUCAGGAGCACAAACUACAAGGACUAGGCAGGCUAGUAGUCGGAAUAGAAAAGCAAAAGGCUCCCUUUCCCUACCUUCUGAGACGAACAAUGCUGCCCCUGCAAGUGAUUCUCCACCUGGCAAAGAGGCUCCCAAGGGCCGUAAGGUCAAAACUCCACGCGCAGCAGGAAAACCAUCUACCCCAGCACCUGGUGCCUCAACAUCCUAUGAUGGCCCCCCCACAGCCAGUCUGACACAGCCGACCCAGGAAACCCGCUCAACAUCUUCUACCACAUCACCAACACAAACAGAGGUGGACCCCGAACAGACUUCUGAGUACAACCCACUAUGCUCAGACACAACUCCUAGCACUUCUCUGUGUCCAGCUGUGGUAAGACAGGUCUCAGCUUCUCAGCAAAGUGUGGAGAGCAGUUCUAUAGAGGAGGAGCCCACCACUGUGUCUCAGUACUUCUUAAGUGACAUUUUUACAGAAGUGACUGCAGAGAAAAAUGAUGAGACUGAAAUCCCCCCUGCAGAGCAGACACUAAUGGACACUCAUAGAAGAGAAGCAGCCAAACUGCAGGUUAAGCCCAAUACUACCAAGAGGAAACAAGCCAGCAAGACCCUCGCUGCCAAGGAAGAAGAGUCGAUCCCCAUUGAAAAAAAAAAAACUCAGCACUCAGAGCUUCCUGGGCCUUCUGUGCAGCCAACAGUCUUUGAUGACGAUGUCACUGAGCCACAGAAAGGAAGUGAUGAUCAUGUGGACGUUGAAAAGGAGACUCUGACAGGUGGUGAGGACCCUGAGGAUAGCAGCUCAGGAGCACAAACUACAAGGACUAGGCAGGCUAGUAGUCGGAAUAGAAAAGCCAAAGGCUCCCUUUCCCUACCUUCUGAGAUGAACAUUGCUGCCCCUGCAAGCGAUUCUCCACCUGGCAAAGAGGCUCCCAAGGGCCGUAAGGUCAAAACUCCACGCGCAGCAGGAAAACCAUCUACCCCAGCACCUGGUGCCUCAACAUCCUAUGAUGGCCCCCCCACAGCCAGUCUGACACAGCCGACCCAGGAAACCCGCUCAACAUCUUCUACCACAUCACCAACACAAACAGAGGUGGACCCCGAACAGACUUCUGAGUACAACCCACUAUGCUCAAACACAACUCCUAGCACUUCUCUGUGUCCAGCUGAGGUAAGACAGGUCUCAGCUUCUCAGCAAAGUGUGGAGAGCAGUUCUAUAGAGGAGGAGCCCACCAGUGUGUCUCAGUACUUCUUAAGUGACAUUUUUACAGAAGUGGAAGAGGGUUGAAAGCUCUAGAUAUGUCGAGGGAGGGGAUGAACAUGCAGAGUUAUGUCUGUAAAGGUUAAUUUAUAACUGAAAUUAGUUUUUGUUGUGUUUUUGCUGUCAGUUGUAAUUAAGGGAAUCUAAAUUGAUUCUACUUUUACAAGCACUUUGAAUAUGUCCAGUAAUUUCAUUUUAUUGAAUUGCUUUUUUUAAAAGCCAAUAAUUCACAUAAGUAUUAAAUUGUACACAUCAAUAACCAAAACACUGGUAAAUUACAGGUUUGAUUCAACAAGGGAGCAGCAUUUCCCCAAUUAUUCAUUAUGUUUCAAGCCUCAGAUUCCCCAAUUUGGUUAUUUAUUAACUGUGAAAAUGUACAUUUUGUACAGUAGCAAAAUAUGUUUUCUUUUCCAUAUCUGUUCCGUUUAAAUAUAGACCACAACAUUGGUCUCAGGAAGAAAGAAAAACAUCUGGAUUACUUGACAUCAUGUACAGUUGUAUGUUUAAAUGUAUUACUUUUUUAUAAUGCCUCUUCUGUGUAUUUGUGACAAUUUUCAAUCAUCCUUUCUAAUCUGAAACAAAUUUUGGUUGUCUUAUUUAGAAAUCCAAUAGACUGUAAAAUUGCAUCAUUAUAUUCUGCAAAUUCAACCCAUACAGAGCAGAGAAGGGUAGUCCUACUUUAUUGAAGGAAAAUGUUAUACGAGCUAGCAUUUGUUGAGACAUUUUGCUGUAUUGUAUAUAGUGUUGAUUAGUUCAAUAUUCAAAGAGUUACUUGUACAGAUUUGCAGCAUUCAUAUUAUUAUGUUUGAUACUUGGAACAAAAACACGUGUUAUCUUUUAAAUGUUCAUUAAAAGUAACACAUGGAAUUCUGUAAGAUGUGAAUAAAAUGUAUUCUUCCAUCAC